AUGAGGAAUAAAUAUACUCCACUCAUUUUAGCUUCAGAAAAUGGUCAUCUUGAAGUUGCUAAAUAUCUUACCUCUAAUGGAUCUGAUAAAGAAACAAAGAAUAAAUAUGAAGAUACUCCACUCAUUGUUGCAUCAAGAAAUGGUCAUCUAGAAGUUGUUAAAUAUCUUAUUUCUGUUGGAGCAAAUAAAGAAGCAAAGAAUGAACAUGGAGAUACUCCACUCAAUGCUGCAUCAUAUUAUGGUCAUCUUGAAGUUGUUAAAUAUCUUAUCUCUGUUGGAGCAAAUAAAGAAGCAAAGAACAAUUUUGGUAAUACUCCACUCAUUGGAGCAUCAUUAAAUGGUCAUCUUGAAGUUGUUAAAUAUCUUAUCUCUGUUGGAGCUGAUAAAGAAACAAAGAAUAAAUGGGGAGAUACUCCACUCAUGAAAGCAUCAUUAAAUGGUCAUCUUGAAGUUGUUAAAUAUCUUAUCACUAUUGGAGCUGAUAAAGAAACAAAGAAUAAUGAUGGAGAUACUCCACUCAUUCAUGCAUCAAAAGGAGGUCAUCUUGAAGUUGUUAAAUAUCUUAUCACUAUUGGAGCUGAUAAAGAAACAAAGAAUAAUGAUGGAUCUACUCCACUCAUUUGGGCAUCAGCUCAUGGUCAGCUUGGAGUUUUUAAAUAUCUUAUUUCUAUUGGAGCUAAUAAAGAUGCAAAGAAUAAUGAAGGAAAAACAGCAAUGGAUGUUGCAAAAUACAAAGUAAAAAGCUAUCUAAAAUCGUUGUGA